AUGGAGAGAAUCUCUUCUAUCCGAAACUCAAUCAUUCAGAUGUCAUUUAUUCGAGAAUUGAUCGAUGGAAGCCUCUCAAAAGAACGAUUUCGUUUCUACAUCAUCCAGGAUUCGCUGUACCUGAAGGAAUACUCAAAGGUUUUGGCCAUGCUCGCAGCCAAAGCGCCAAACCCUUCCAUCACGCAAACUAUGGCUCUUGCAUCGAAUUCUGCCGUGUCUGUUGAAGGUUCGUUGCAUGAUUCUUUCCUGAAACAGUUGAAUGUUACCGAUGAAAUUUUUAAAUCGACUGAGCAGUCACGAACCUCAUCCGGUUACACGGAUUUCUUGAUGGCUACUGUGGCCUCUAGACCUUAUGAAGUCGCUUUUGCUGCAGUCAUUCCUUGCUACACUAUUUAUCAUGAGGCAAAAGUUGGCAACUACAUCCAAGACCUCAGUCACAAGAACUCGGCCGAUAUUGACAAGAACCCAUUCAAGGACUGGAUCAGAACAUAUGGUGGAGAGGAAUUCGACAUUGCGACCAAAAAAGCAGUUUCCAUCGUAGAUGAUCUCGCAAGGAAAGCUUCUAGUGAGGUUCGGAAAGAGAUGCUAGAGGCGUUCAUGACGGCUGCAAGAUUCGAAUGGAUGUUUUGGGACAGUGCUUAUCAACUCGAGCAAUGGCCUAUCGACAUUCGUAAUCUUUGA